AUGAAGAACAACCCGUUCAAGCCAUCACAACCGAACCCUUACCCUUACCUCCUGCCGAACCUAUUGUCUGCUGCAGUUUUGGUAGUUGACUUUGUUGUCACUGCGAUUUUCAUGGAAGAGAGUUUGGAAGAAGUACAGAACCUACCACCUCUAGGCAAACGAGUUUCGAGUCUGUUCUCAUGGCUGUGGCAGUUCACAAGCUCGCAUCGACCUACAUACUUACGGCGAGGUAGCAAGAAAGCUGGCGUGUCUCGUCGUGCCGGAUCCGAGAACGAAGAGAGCGACGACGAAUCAGCAGACGGAGCGAUGCCGCACUUCAUGGCUAAUGGGGCCGAAGAACUCAAGAGGAAGGAUAUAUUAAACCGAGACACAAUUCUGUUGUUGCUUACAUACCUUAUCUUUCAGCUAUCCAACAUUUCUUUCAAUUCCUUGUAUCCAAUAUUCGCCCAAGCAGAUCCUCCCACAGGUCGUGAUCUCGACCCAGAAGAGAUCGGCUUGUCUCUGGCGUUCGCCGGUGUUGUUACCAUCCUAUUUCAAGUCGGUGUUUUUGGCAAGCUACGAGAUAAGAUGGGAAACAGGUGGGCAUAUAGAGCUGGACUUGGUCUGUUCGUUAUUGCCUAUGUUCUAAUGCCAUUUGUCGGGUACAAGAAAGUACCCGAGGAAGGAGAACCUGCAAUGGGCUCUGGUCUUGGUUGGCUUUGGGCUGAGAUUGGUAUCGUUCUUCUGAUCAAGACUGUCGCUGCAGUAGGAGGUCUGACAAGUGCUCUACUUUUGAUCACAAAUUCAUCUCCUGACCACCGUGUAUUGGGUGCCCUCAACGGCCUAGCACAAACACUUUCUGCAGCUGGACGAGCAGCUGGCCCAUUUAUCAGUGGUGGAUUAUUCACAGUCGCGACAAAAAUCAGACCAAAAGGGGAGGCCUUGGCUUUUGGAGUAUUUGGAGGUAUCUCGUUCAUCGGCUUUCUGCUGUCUUUCGGCAUCAGAAGUUCUAAUUUAGAGGCAGAAGGAUGGGACAGCGAUAACGACUCGGUGUCUGAUAAGUCGGAUGACGAGGACUAA